AUGGGAGGCAAUGUGGUUUAUCGCUUGACACAAAGUUUGCCUAGUGGUGUUGACUACAAAAUCUUUUUUGAUAACUAUUUUUUAUCUAUCGAUAUUCUUCGGUUGCUCAAAGAGAAAAUUUUUUUGGCUGUAGCAACAAUCCGUAAAGAUCGUUUAAAGGAUGCUAGUAAAAAGUUACUUAAUGAAAAAGAUUUCAAAAAAGCUGGAAGAGGCUCCACAGACUGUAUUGUUGAUGUUAAUUCAGGAAUUUGUAUUGUAAGAUGGUAUGAUAAUAAUAUUGUGCAACUCAUCUCAAAUUAUGUAGGAAAUGAACCAGGUACUCCUGCUAACAGGUGGUCAAAAAAAGAUAAAAAAUUUGUGACUAUUGAUCAACCCAAGAUAGUUGAAAUUUAUAAUGCUCAUAUGGGAGGAGUUGAUUUAUGUGAUAUGCUGCUAGAAACAUACAGUGUGAGACAGCGCACCGUAAAGUAUUAUAUGCAUAUUUUUUAUUACUGUAUCUGCAUAUCUGUAAACAAUAGUUGUCUUCUUUAUUGUCGUCAUAUGAAUCAACAACAUGUUCCUACCAAGAAUCAGCUAUCACUGUUACAAUUUCGAACACAAAUUGGAGACAGUUUGUGUAAAGCUGGUAAAACUUUAUUACUUGCAAAGCGUGGGCGCCCAUCACUUGCUGCAGAAAAUAAAGUAGCUACAAAAAGACGCCCACCCAACAUUGAAAACCCUUCUAGAGAUAUAAGAUUUGAUAUGUAUUGCCAUUUCCCAGUAUUUCAAGAGAAACAAAGUCGCUGA